AUGGAUUUCGGCGAGAAGAUAGCCAUGGAUUCUGGCGAAAACAUAGAAGAAACAACAACAGCUGUAGACCGAAUCAGUCAGUUGUCGGACGAUCUUCUCCUUCACAUUCUCUCUCUUAUGCCGACCGAAGCCGCACUUGUGACAAGUGCUCUCUCAAAAAGGUGGCACUAUCUUUGGAAAUCACUUGAUAGUUUCUCUUUUAGUACAUUUGGUAACUAUGAGUGGUAUGUAUCCUAUGUUGAUUAUGUAUUAGGUCAUUCAGUUUCUCCCAAAAUUAAAAAGUUUCAACUCGAUAGUAAUGAGCCGGAUGCAUACAAGUCAGACAUGGAUCGAUGGCUUAGUUUUGCUAUUGAAAAGAAAGUGGAAAAUUUGAAAAUCCAGUCAGUCUCUGAAGAAGAGGUUUAUGCAUUGCCGGAAUGUUUAUACACCUGUUCGUCGUUGAUAACACUAGUUUUGGGAUUCUGUUCUUUUGAUCCUAAUGUGGCUGUAGCAUGGAAGUCUCUAAAGAGCAUAAAAUUGAAGUGGAUGGUGUUAUCUAAUGACCAUAUUGUGAACUUAUUGUCGGGAUGUCCUAUAUUGGAAACUAUGGAAUUAUCUCGUUUUAAGGGUUUUAGUCGUUUGGAAAUUAGGUCUUCAAAAUUGAAGAGACUAAAUUUGAUAGCAUACAAUGAUGAUGAACUUGAUCAUUCCUUGGAAAUUGUUGCCCCCUAUCUUCAGCAUUUGGAGAUUUGUGAAAGUCUUUAUGGUUUCAAGUGUAGGCUUGUAGACGUAUCCUCCUUGGUUAAUGCUAAGCUUACGUUCGAGAUUACAUGUAUCAAAGACAUCCAAUAUUUGCUUGAUGAAGAAAUUGAUGAUGACGAAGAUAGUUGUCGUGGCUAUCAUCAAGGUUUUAUGAUUCUCGUGUGGGAUUAUCUUCAAAAGCUGAGUAGUGCAAGCAAGAUAACAGUUGGAACAUGGUUCAUAGAGGUCCUGUGCAUGUUGCAGUUCAAAGGGGUGCGAAUUCCAGAAUUGAAAUGCAAGUAUUUGACGCUGGAGUUGCAUAAGAAAGAGUUAAGUGUGUUUGGAGCAGCUGGCCUUUUGCGAGCAUCACCUCAUGUUGAGUGUCUCAACAUAGACAUAAGAGCUAUGCAUGCUGCCAUGUAUUUGUCCCUGAUCGUAUUCUGUUUCCAGCCUGAUGCUACCUUCUGCUGCUUUGGGUUACAAGAUUUGGUCAAAGAAAAUAAUAUCAAUUUGCAGAGAUGGAUUUCAAUCUUUGUGCUUCCCAACCUCAAGAAUGUUAAGAUUGUCAUCUCCUCCCGGAUAUGCUUGAUAAAUCAUCUCAACUGGUCCUAUGCCAAGGAUCUUUUUGAACUUUCAGAAUUUUUGUUAAAGAAUGCAUUAGUUUUGGAGAAGUUUGUUAUCAUAUCAAAGAGAAGAAGGUUCCCCAAGAUUAUCCACCAAUUCUGUGAUUAUCUUCCGGGAGUGAGCACUGAGCUUUCCAUGACUGGGCUCCAAGUAGUUCUCCAUCUCAGGAUGUUGUACAUGUGCAUUGAAAUGGUUCCCUUUGUCAAUAGCAUCAAGGUCCUUGAUUGUGAAAUGGCUCCCUUUUUCGAUUUUUUUCUUGGAAGAAUGGGAUUGCAUUCUGUGUCUACCUUAAUGAUUUUAGCAGUUGUGAUUGAGGCUUACUGUGCUAUUGAAUCUUUGUAUUUGACAUUAAGAGCCCAGUCUUCUUCAGUUGCUCUACCAGACAGAGUUGCAUCUAGAGGAGCUACUUCAAGGGCAGGCGGAGGAGGAAACUGCCUUCAGGCGAUCAGUAGUCGUCAAGAGCAAGAGGAUUCUCCAGAUGUUGUUACUGGUAAGAUCCAAGUUUUUAACUUUAAUGGUUAUGCUUUGCUACAUCCAAGAGGAUCAGCAUCCUGCACGUCGUUGAUCCACCUAAGCACUCCAGAGUCAGUGUUUUGUUUUAUUAGGAUGUUGCGGGAUCUAUCCCAACAUCCAUCUCAGUAUUUUAGAGGCUUCAUAGACAGAUAAGUUGGCAGAGGGCGUCUUCCUAGACGCUACGUUGAUGAGCAAGAGUUACCUGAUGCACCUGGAGUGCAAGAUCAUGGGGAAGUUUCUAAUGCCGAGUUCAGAGAGGCGAUUAGAAUGUUGAGUCAAGCUAUAGCUAAUCAGAUUGGUCAGCAAAGGGGAGCUCGACAGGAAGGAGCUAACACUUCUAGGAUUCGUGAGUUCUUGGGGAUGAAUCCUCCGAGUUUCAUGGGGUCGAGCACUACUGAGGAUCCAGAGGAUUUCAUUGAGGAGUUGAAGAAGAUUUUUGAUGUGAUGCAUAUGGCAGAUACUGAGCGGUGGAUAAGGGGCAGAGUUGAGAAUGCACCACCUGCGAGUUGGGCCCGUUUUGAAGAAGCUUUCUUGGGUUUGAAGUUCACACAACUAUCCCGCUAUGCUCCGGAGAUGGUUGCGGACAUGAGGAAUAGAAUGAGUUUGUUUGUUGCGGGGCUAUCUCGGUUGUCAAGCAAGGAAGGUAGGGCCGCAAUGCUUAUCAGGGACAUGGAUAUAUCAAGGUUGAUGGUUUAUGUGCAGCAGGUUGAGGAAGAGAAGCUGAGGGACAGAGAAGAGUUCAGAAGCAAGAAAGCUAGGAUCGGGAACGAGUCCGGGCAGCAGAGAGGAAAUUCAAACCAUUCCUCCUUUCAGCAAAGGCAACAGGGACCUGCUCCAUCAUUUGCUAGAGCACCUGUACCUAGAUACAGAGGUGAAUUUAAUGUUCAAAAUUCGAAGGAUGUCAGGGCUAGACCAACACAAUCUUCGGGUAGUGUGGCGCAAGGGAGUAGUAAGCCUCCAGUCUGCGCCAAAUGUGGUAGGAACCACUCAGGUAUUUGUCGAGAGGGCUCCCUUGGUUGUUUCAAGUGUGGUGAGAAUGGGCAUUUCAUGCGAGAGUGUCCAAAGAAUAGGCAGGGUAAUGGAGGCAAUAAAGCACAGUCUUCUUCAGUUGUUCCACCAGGCAGGACGACACCUAGAGGAGCUACUUCUAGUAUAGGUGGAGGAGCAAACCGCCUUUAUGCUAUUACCAGUCGCCAUGAGCAAGAGAAUUCUCCGAAUGUUGUAACUGGUAUGAUCAAAGUCUUUGCUUUUAAUGUGUAUGCUUUGCUAGACCCAGGAGCAAGUUUAUCGUUUGUAACUCCUUAUGUUGCAAAUCAGUUUGAGGUUCUUCCUGAAAGACUUUGUGAACCCUUUUGUGUGUCUACACCUAUUGGGGAGUUUAUUCUAGCGGAAAGAGUUUAUCGUGAUUGUCCUGUUUCUAUCAAUCACAAGAGCACCAUGGUUGAUUUGGUUGAGUUAGACAUGGUAGAUUUUGAUGUCAUUCUAGGUAUGGAUUGGCUUCAUGCUUGUUAUGCAUCGAUAGAUUGUAGAACUCGAGCAGUCAAGUUUCAGUUUCCGAAUGAGCCAGUCAUAGAGUGGAGUAGCAGUUCAGCAGUGCCUAAGGGUCGUUUUAUUUCGUACCUUAAGGCAAGAAAGUUAGUUUCGAAGGGUUGUAUCUAUCACUUAGUCCGAGUUCAUGAUUCUAGUGUUGAGAUACCUCAUUUCCAGUCAGUUCCUAUAGUAAGAGAGUUUCCAGAAGUGUUUCCUGAUGAUCUACCCGGAAUUCCUCCUGAGAGAGAGAUAGAUUUCGGCAUAGAUCUCAUUCCAGAUACUCGUCCUAUCUCUAUUCCGCCAUAUAGAAUGGCACCAGCAGAGUUGAAAGAGUUGAAAGAGCAGUUGAAAGAUCUCCUAGAAAAGGAUUACCGCCAGUUGAACAAGGUUACCAUCAAGAACAAGUACCCUCUUCCGAGGAUUGAUGAUCUUUUCGAUCAGCUUCAGGGUGCCACUUGUUUUUCAAAGAUUGACCUCCGAUCAGGCUAUCAUCAGUUAAGGGUAAGGGAAUGUGAUAUCCCAAAGACAGCUUUCAGAACCAGGUAUGGUCAUUAUGAGUUUUUGGUCAUGUCCUUUGGUUUGACUAAUGCGCCUGCAGCUUUCAUGGAUUUGAUGAAUAGAGUCUUCAAACCUUAUUUAGAUAUGUUUGUUAUUGUCUUUAUUGAUGAUAUACUAGUCUAUUCAAGGAAUGAAGAAGAUCAUGCUAGUCAUCUCAGAGAAGUUCUUCAGACUUUGAAAGACAAGGAGUUGUAUGCUAAGUUCUCUAAGUGUGAGUUUUGGCUUAAGUCUGUGGCAUUCCUAGGCCACAUUGUGUCCGGUGAUGGAAUUAAAGUUGAUACUCGGAAAAUUGAGGCAGUGCAGAAUUGGCCUAGACCCACAUCUCCAACUGAAAUUAGGAGUUUCUUGGGAUUAGCUGGCUAUUAUAGAAGGUUUGUUGAAGGGUUCUCGACUAUUGCAUCUCCUUUGACAAAGUUGACUCAGAAGACAGUGAAAUUUCAAUGGUCUGAAGCUUGUGAGAAAAGCUUUCAAGAAUUGAAAAAGAGAUUGACUACAGCUCCAGUUUUGACGCUACCAGAAGGUACUCAAGGUUUUGUGGUGUAUUGUGAUGCAUCUAGAGUUGGUUUGGGUUGUGUCUUAAUGCAGAAUGGCAAGGUUAUAGCUUAUGCCUCCAGACAGUUAAAGGUUCAUGAGAAGAACUACCCAACCCAUGACUUAGAGCUAGCUGCUGUAGUAUUUGCUUUGAAGAUAUGGCGUCAUUACUUGUAUGGUGUGCAUGUCGACAUAUUCACUGAUCACAAGAGCCUUCAAUAUGUGCUUACUCAGAAAGAGCUUAAUCUCAGACAGAGGAGGUGGUUAGAGUUACUCAAGGAUUAUGACCUGAGUAUUCUUUACCACCCAGGUAAGGCUAAUGUUGUUGCUGAUUCUUUGAGCAGGUUGUCUAUGGGUAGCACCGCCCAUAUUGAAGAAGGAAGGAAAGAGUUAGCAAAAGAUGUGCACAGACUGGCAUGCCUGGGAGUCAGAUUUACAGAUUCCACAGAAGGAGGAAUAGCGGUGACGAGCAGGGCCGAGUCAUCAUUAAUGUCAGAAGAAAAUGUUCAAAAGCAAAGAGUAUUAGCUUUUGAACAAGGGGGAGAUGGUGUUUUGAGAUUUCAAGGUAGAUUGUGCGUACCUAUGGUAGAUGGACUCCAAGAGAAGAUUAUGGAUGAAGCUCACAGCUCCAGAUAUUCUAUUCAUCCGGGUUCCACCAAGAUGUAUCGUGAUUUGCGUGAAGUUUAUUGGUGGAAUGGCAUGAAGAAGGGCAUUGCUGAGUUUGUUGCUAAGUGUCCAAAUUGCCAACAAGUGAAAGUUGAACACCAAAGGCCCGGUGGUUUGGCUCAGAGGAUAGAACUUCCAGAGUGGAAGUGGGAGAUGAUCAAUAUGGAUUUCAUCACAGGGUUGCCAAGGUCUCGCAGACAGCAUGAUUCUAUUUGGGUAAUUGUCGACCGAAUGACAAAGUCAGCUCAUUUUCUACCGGUAAAGACUACCAAUACAGCAGAAGAUUAUGCCAAGUUGUAUGUUCAAGAGAUAGUGAGACUUCAUGGAGUCCCAAUCUCCAUUAUUUCAGAUAGAGGUGCACAGUUUACUGCACAGUUCUGGAAAUCUUUUCAGAAGGGCUUGGGUUCAAAGGUGAACUUAAGUACUGCCUUUCACCCUCAGACUGAUGGGCAAGCAGAGCGCACUAUUCAGACCUUAGAGGAUAUGUUGAGGGCUUGUGUAAUCGAUUUCAAAGGGAGUUGGGAUGAUCACCUACCUCUCAUUGAGUUUGCCUACAACAACAGUUAUCACUCUAGCAUCCAGAUGGCUCCAUAUGAAGCUCUUUAUGGGAGAAGAUGUAGAUCUCCUAUUGGAUGGUUUGAAGUUGGUGAAGCACAGUUGAUAGGACCAGAUUUAGUUCACCAAGCUAUGGAGAAGGUGAAAGUGAUUCAAGCGAGGUUGAAAACGGCACAGAGUCGUCAGAAAUCCUACACCGAUGUUAGGAGAAGGGCGUUAGAAUUUGAAAUAGACGAUUGGGUAUAUUUGAAGGUUUCACCCAUGAAAGGCGUUAUGAGGUUUGGUAAGAAGGGGAAACUCAGUCCCCGGUAUAUUGGACCUUACCGCAUAGCCAAGAGGAUUGGCAAUGUUGCUUAUGAGUUGGAGUUACCACAGGAACUAGCAGCGGUUCAUCCGAUUCCUGUUCAAAUUUUAGAUCGGCAAGUUCGUAGGUUGAGAACAAAGGAUGUAGCCUCAGUUAAGGUCCUUUGGAGGAACCAAUUUGUUGAGGAAGCUACUUGGGAAGCCGAAGAAGACAUGAAGAAGAGAUAUCCAUAUCUCUUUGCUGACCUUUGGACCAUUUUGCCCCAUUUUGAAAGAAAAAGAGUUAGGGUUCUUGAGAUUGAAGAAGAGAAGAAGGAGAAGAAGAGAAGAAAGAGGAGAUCAACAAGAUCAUUGUGGAUUUUCGUCGGGGGUGAU